GGAUCUGGGAUUAGCUGUAGCCGCAGGUAAUAGCCAAACAUUAGGAGACUCGGCAACGCAAGACUGUAAAUUUUACUGAAAGAGAAACGACGCGGAUGAGCUGAGCUGUGUUUUUCGCUGCGAGUGUCGGACUUUAUUUUGAGUUUGCAAAGUUUGUUGGAGUACAGUAACUUAGAAAUCUGUGGGCGGUUGAAAUCCGGCUUUGUUUUCUCAGCUUGAGACGCUAGCGUAGUUUUUUUUCUUUCUCUCUCUCUCUAAGACUUCCGCGGUUUGCUCGCUGAACAAGUUACCAUUGGAUAAAACACAACCUCAAAGGUUUCCUCUUAUGCGGUCCCGGGCUUUGUGAGCCAUGCCUGGCCACAGCACAGGGGCUCCCCGCCACAAAUAUCCCAAUUCCAGCUCCAGGGCGGAAAAGCAUAGACCCAACCGGACUAUAUCCAGGGACAGCACAACAAGCCAAGACUCCUACAAGGAUCCUCAUGGGGAGCAUCUACGUGACCACUCCCGGUAUUCAGAGAGCAAGUACGGUCGAAGCAGAAGCUACCCACGAAAUGGCACUGGAAGGAGUUCAGAGACUAUAGGAUUUAUUCCAGGGUCAGCAGACAGUGUGCCAAGCAGCAGGCAGUCCUGUGGCUCCUGUGCCUCUGUGGGCUGGAGUAGCUGUAAGGCUCUUAUCUGCUGUGUACUGACCUGUGGAUUUUAUGGCACCCGGGAGCCCUGCCUUCCUGUUAACGAGAGCUCCACAGACCAUACCCCUAAAGCGGGCGGUGAGCCUCGACCUCCUAAUGGCAUGGCUGUAAACAACCCUACUUGUGGCAUCCCUUUGGAGCCCAACAAUAAGCCCCCCAAGACCUCCAGAUUGCCCCAGAGUGACAGUUUCCGCUACCCAGAUGUGCGCAUAGCAGGUCAGACAGUAAAGUAUCCAGUUGCUGCCUCCAAACGGACUCGCAUACCCGGUAAGGGGGAAAGCCAGCGGCCGGUGAGCAACACCAGCCUGCUGUCCCAUGAGGACUAUGACUUAGACGACCAGAACGACACAGACAUUGACUCUCUCAUCACCAAGAAGCUGCUGGAGCUUUACGCCCUGCAUCAGAUCGACCAGCUGGCCAAGUGCACUUCUGACUCAUCCUUCUCCCGUAAGACCAACGAGAUCAGCGAGCUCAUCUACAGCAUCGCUCAGGACUACAACCUGGAGGAGCAGGAGGCCGAGUGCAAGCUGGUGCACGGGGUCAUCCGCAUCAGCACGCGAAAGGGCAAGAGGAAAAAGGAUUGCCCGUCAAUGGGGCAGCGUCCUAACGGCAGGAGUGACGGGACUCUCCCCGAUAGUGGCAACGAGACCAUGACCAACACCUUUAUGAGCAGCGAUUUUCCCGAGGUCAAAGUGUCAGAGCAGACGCCAUCGGACGAGCUGGCAAGAAAAAUGAGAAAUUAUAGCGGGAGAACAUAUUCCUCCAGCACCACUACGGCCUACUCGGCAUACAACCAUGACACCGAAACCUACUCCUCAGGUGCUCCUCUGAUUCUCUGAAAGGGCAA